AUGGGGGAUUACUACUACUGUGGAUGUUGCGUCUGCUGCUUGUCUAAAAAUAAGAAGAAUGCCAUCGCCAAAAAUAAGGAAAUCGACCUCAGCUUUAUUGAGCAGAGGAAAAGAGAAAGGAGAGAAAUCAAAUUGCUUGUAAUAGAUCAAUGGCAAAUUUAUGCUCAGCAGUUCCAGAAUCAAGACUCACAUCAGAUAACAGAGUUGCUGAGUUUUGUAGAGCCCAUUCGUCAUCUAUGGGCAGAUGAAGGCUUUAAGAACUGCUUCAAACUCUGCAAAGAUAAUCACAGACACUUGACUAGUCUAGAAUACUUUGUUGAUCGACUGGAGCAGAUCACCGCCAACAAUUACAUCCCCAUAACUGCAGAUAUUUUCCGUACCCACUCUCCCACCAAUGGCAUUGCAGAGCUGACCAUUCCAAUGAACUCUGUCACAUUUAGGUUUUUUAAUGUCAGUGGUCAGAGAGGACAAAGGAAGAAAUGGAUCCAUCACUUUGAAAAUGUGACAACUGUCAUAUUUGUAGCUUCUCUUAGCGAGUACGAUGAGUUUCUGGAGGAGAAUAACAAGAACCGCAUGGAGGAGAGUUUGCCUCUGUUCAAUUCUGUCACCCACUCGCCAUGGUUUGCUCAAUCCUUCAUCCUUCUCCUACUGAACAAAAAAGACAUCCUAGCCAGGAAGAUUCAGUUCUCGCAUUUAAAAACGUUCUUUCCUGAAUUUGAAGGCAACAUUCAGAACACAGACGAUGCCAUGAAGUUCAUGCUAAAAUCAUAUGAACGGAACGCGACACCAGACCCAUGGAUUUACUCUCAGUUCAUCUGUGUAAAGGAUUUUACAGACACCAGAAUAAUCUUUGAAUGUGUAAAGGACAGUAUUGUCAGACAGACAAUAGCACAGUUUGAAUUGUCAUAA